AUUUGUGUUAUUGAACGUGUUAACAGUAACUAGCUAGCCUAGUCUGUCAACAGGUGCACCCUGUAGUGAUGCGUCAAAACAAUACCGUCCAAUCAGCGUAAUGAAGUUGGUAACAUUGGUGUCAGCAGAAGAUACCUAUUUUUAACUCUAGAAAGCUCCUCGCCUCAGGCUAUAUGGGCUGGUCCUCUUGGCACCGUGAGCAGAGAGAGCUGUCUCCAUCUCUAAAGGGGCAACAGUAGACCCGGUAUUCCACAGCGAAGUGAUGGAUGUCGGAGCCAGGGACAGCGAGGUACCGCCGCAGCGCAUCAUCUGAUCGCCAGUCAAGGGAGGGGCGUUCACUCCGAACCUAAUCCCAGAUGCAACAUCCAGCCUUUCAGCAAAAUCCACAUCUCUACGGACCGUUGUGAUGUGAAGUAGAUAUCACGCGCAUACGAGCGAGGGGAGGAGGGGGGCAGGCACAGGCUGGACCUCAGCUGCUCCGCUUUCGCAAAGUUCUCCUCGUUGACACCGGAGUGAGAAAGAAAUAGAACAUACAGAAGAGAGACCGCGGAGUCCGGUUGAGUGAGAGGGACGUUUUCCUGGAGGCUGCUAGUGUUUGGGGCAACACAGCGCAGAGAGAGAGAGAGAAGCCCCUCUCCAGCUCUCCUCUCCGUCACUUUCUAGCUCUUUUCAGACCGACGAGAAGCAUAAUGGCGAAAAUGAGGGUGUCAUACGAGUACUCGGAGGCGGAGGAUAAGAGUAUCCGACUAGGACUGUUCCUCAUCGUCUGUGGCAUCCUGUCCCUCUUUAUCCUCGGGUUCUGCUGGCUCAGUCCAACUCUACAGAGCAUGCAGAGCAAACCGGCCAACUGCACCGUGGUGUCUGUGCUCAGACCGGAGGAGAUGUUCGAGUGCGUGUUCACGUGCGGGGCGGACUGCAAGGGGACCUCGCUGUAUCCGUGUCUGCAGAUAUUCGUCAAUAAUUCCGAGUCGAACUCCGUGGCUCUGCUGCACUUUGAUGAGCAGCAACUGGUGCUGAACCCAAAGGUAAAUGACUAAAACUCUAGACUUUAUAGUCGACACAGCGUCGCUGUUACUGAAUGCAAAGAUGUGAACGAUCGUUACAGUAGCUAGGCAAAGUGUCUGGCUGGAAAAGUUCCCAAUCUCAGUUUGUUGACAUGAGGUAGAUGGAUAUUAUGCUAAUAGCUGCCUG